UUUAACGAUUGUUCUCCGUCAAUUCAAUAAUAUUUUAUGUAUAUAAAAUAAUAUCUCCCCACUGUUCCGGUUCACUGAUGACGUGGUAGACAUGGUCCACGACAUUUGUUUCUCGUUUGAAUCGCUUCGCUACGCUCCUUUUCACACUUUUCACACCACCCCCUCUUUACUCCUCUCCCUUUCCGCGCCUCCCAUUCCCCCUCAACCCCUAUAAAUACGCCUCUUAUCCCCUCGCCGCUUCUCUAGAGCCCUCCUCCUCGACUCCUCCCCCCUCCCUUCUCCGCCACUAUUCCUCAUCGUCUCCCUCCUCAACUCUCCGAUCUCAAAAAGCUCUGUUUGUCUUGUAGACCGAGGAGAAUUAAUGGCGGUGGCUUCUAGAGGGAGAUCGGAGCUGAUGCGGCAAUGGAGGGAUCGGGCGACGAGCCCCGAGAGGACGAAGGUGUGGACGGAGCCGAAGACGAAGAUCUCCGAGAGGAAGGUCCCUGUGGUGUACUACCUCUGCAGAAAUGGCCAAUUGGAGCAUCCGCACUUCAUGGAGGUCACCCUCUCCUCCUCCGAUGGACUCUAUCUCAGAGAUGUGGUCAAUCGAUUGAAUCUACUCAGAGGGAAAGGGAUGGCGCAAUUGUACUCGUGGUCUUCGAAACGGAGCUACAAGAACGGAUACGUGUGGCACGAUCUCGGCGAGGACGAUUUCAUCCACCCAGCUCACGGAAACGAGUACGUCCUCAAGGGAUCGGAGCUCCUCCUUCCGAUCACGAUCUCGGCAUCGCAGGAUACCUCGGCGUCGUCGUCCUCGUUCUCCUCGAGCGGCUUCGAGAAGCCUCUCGAGAUCCACCGAUCCGCGCACGACGACUCCGGCCUCGCGCUCGCGGCGGCGGCGAGGAGGAAGAAGCCGACGCCGUGGUCGUCGAUGGAUCUCGGCGAGUACAAGGUCUACAAGACGGAGGCCACGGCGGAGGCUGCCGCGCGGGCGGCGGCGGACGCGGCGACGCAGACCGAGGAGAAGCGGCUCCCGCGGGGGCGCCGCGGCCCCCCGCGCGGCGAGGACCGCGCCGAGGCCCCCUCCGCGGCGGCGGAGGACGAGGGCGCCGCGGCGGCGGAGCUCGGCAGCGACGAGAUCUCUCCCCCGCCCUCGUCCUCGAGCCCCGAAACCCUAGAGACGCUCAUAAAGGCCGAUGGGCGGAGCAUCGUCGCCGCCCCCGCCGCCGCCGCGGAUCGGACGGUGGGGAGCUUCGCGAUGGGGCGGAUGCGCGCGUCGGCGGUGCUGAUGCACCUGAUCUCGUGCGGGUCCAUCUCGGUGAAGGAGCACGGGUCGGUGGUGGUGCCGCGGGGCAGGGAUGUGCUGACACGUGGACAGUCGGAUCUGAGCGGGAAGGAUCUCGACCGGUUGGUGGAGAACCCGGGGUUCACGGGGCUGGAUAAGGAGUACUUCAGCGGGAGCUUGGUGGAGACGAAGAAGACGGUGAGCGAAGGCGCCGCCGAGUUUCCGGGAUUGAAGCGCUCGUCCUCUUACAACGCCGACAGGAGCGCAAGAUUGGAGUUGGUUGAAAACGAAAUUGAAAGCGCACGUGCCAAGUGCAUCCCAAGAAAGCCCAGGAUCGUCUCACGUAGCAAUCUCGGAAGCAAGCGUUUCGUGGACGAAAAUGCACCUCACCAGUCAUAGGGCCCUCUGCUACUCAACUAGAGGAGUGUAGAAAAAAGAAAAUAGGGUCAACGACAUUGUUAUAUAGAUAAAAUAAUUGAUAGGUUUAUUGCGAGGAGCGUCGAUGUGAUAUUUGGGAAUGCUUUCCUUUGCCGUGCUCACCACGGCACGGUGGUUGUGUAAACGAGAGAGGAAAGUUAAGAGUUCCCUUAAGCCCAUCCGUGUGUGCAUGUAUUUGUGUGAAGAAACAAGAAGGCACCUCUUUCGGAUUAAUUUAUUGUAGAAUCUAACUACUAUUUCUAUCUCUUAACACGAACUUACUGAGUUAUAAAACCA